CCCAUUCAGCUAUGAGGGUCUCGCUUUCCAUCCUGGGAGUCCUUGCGUUGUUAUGCAUAGUUCCUCCAGCCAGCAGCUUUUCUUCUGUUACGUGUCCUCCGGGAUUACAUCAUUGCAGAAUGAAGUGCAAUGCUAAUGAAUAUGCAGUUAGAUACUGUGAUGACUGGAGCAUCUGCUGCAAAGCAAGGAACAAGCAAAUUAAGAAAACAAAGAAGUGGUGAAAAGUUUAAUUCCACUUUCUUCAGCUC